UCGGCAAAACUUCUGGUCCACGUGACUUGGUCAAUGUUUUGAUUUCUCAAACCUGACUGUAAGAUCUGCACCGUGAGUCCGGGAUGUCUGCGUCCAUGAGAGUCAACUCAGCGCCGGGCUGUCCGAGGCCGGAGCAGGCGAUGGACGCCAGAGUUGUGGAACUGAAUUUCCAAGUCCCAGCAGAGAGCAGAAAGACAAAACCUCCUGUCAAUGACCACAUCAUCCCAGAUGAACUGCUGGUCAGCCUUACCUCCACUGUCAGCAGCACACUGGGCCACACUGCGCACCAUCGGCACUGCAAGGGCUGUGGAAUCAGACGGCCGGAUGCAGUCUGGCAUCACCAGCUCGGACGCAAGAAAUACCAAUUCUUUCUGGAGCAGCCAACGUCCGUGACUGGAGCAGGCAGGGAUAUUUCCUUCCUGUGUGACGCUAUGGUAACCCAGAAGAAGACGACCCCCCUCCCACCAGUGACUGACAGAAGUGGCAUUGGAGACACACAGAACUUGAGUGUCUCAGAAAGUCUGAUCCCGGAAGAAUAUCACAUUGUGAGAAACAAAGGGCUGCAUGGCCUUGAGUUCUUUGAGGAUGCGUUCACAGUGCAGCUGCAAGAUGAGGAGCAGAAGCUACGGGUCUUCCCUUCAUUGAGGCCCAGUGGCAGACUGGAAGUGAUCCAGUUGAUGAGGAUGAUGGAUGACAUGCUGGAGAAGGCCGGAGUGGAUCAGCAGAUUGACGAGCUGACAGAACUCUCCCAGAUGGAGGGUCUGCUGGAGCUGGUGCAGGUUGAGCAGAACAUCUACAACAUUGUUUUCCAUGAACUGAUUCGGCAGGUCAGCGUGGGCUGUGCUGAAAGAGGGCAGCUACUCGCCAAACUCAGACAGCGCUACCAGUCCCUGCUCGAGCGAAUCCCCAGCCGACUGAAGGCUCUGCACACCGAGGGAGUGGCACAGCGAGCUCUGGACCGCCGGCUCACUGAGGAGAUCUAUCGUAUCAAGACAUCAAUACAGCAGCUCAACACGGAGCUCUGCAGAAUGAGAGACCAUGAUUCCUUUGUUUCCCAGCAGGCAGAGUGCGCUCACACACAGCUGGCUGGGGCUAUCGAGCAGACUCACACCAACUCAGAUGUGGUGCAGGGUUACCACGAACUGUAUGAGAUGCAGAGGGGUCGCCUCGAGGCUCAGCUGCUCCAGAUGACUGAGGAGAGAGACUCCUGGAGCCAGCUCACCUUCUGCCUCGCCCUCAAGGUGAUCAGUAUGAAGAAGCUGCAGCUGAUCAGUCGGCUGCAUAUCAUCGCGCAGAGCUGGUUCAAGACAGCUGAGCACUGCAGCCUUUGCCUCACUUUGAAGGACACAGAUGACCUGACUAUCCUCAUGGAGCUCACUGACUACUGGAAAGAGCAGCUGACUGCUUUCAUGUCCCAGCUGAAGAAGACUGAGUAUGCUCAGUGUGAACAGAUCAGUGCAAUCCAGCAAGGCAUCGCCAAGUGGCUCGCCUUCUGCACCACGCAGAGCAAGUGUCCUCAACCAAAAUAUGAGAAAGCUUCUUUGGAAAAGUUUCAUGCAGAUUUGAAGGACUGGUCAAUUACAUUGGCCCUCCAGUGCGACAGCUAUCAAGGUGAAAAGCUGCUUUGCUCCCAGCAGACACUGGGCGAGCUCGCCCGUGUCCAGGAAAGACGGCUGAAUAUGAGCCUUGAGCUGUUCAGAAGACAUCCUUCUCCUGAUGGUGAACCCCUUGGAGGCCAACAUGCCCUAAGAGAGCUGGACAAGGUGCUAUCUCAGCUCCUGAAACAGCUGGACACCAGAGUCAGUGGAGCAAAUGGGAUCCACGGACAGAUCAUGUCACUGCUCGGGUCGAUGGAGUCCCAGGAUUCCAAGCUUCGUGCAGUGAUUGGCCGACCAGAAAUUAUGUCGGUUUCUGACUGGCUGAAGCUGGAGAAGGCCCUGGGAAACUGGAAGAGUUUGGCUGAAAAAGCUUUUCAGAACGUCUCAAGCAAGCAAACAGAGAACGAAAAGGACAACAAUAAGCCAGACAUAUUUACAGAGACAGAAAAGGCAUUAGACAAAGUGCAGGAGUUCGUAACCGGCCUGUCCAACUUCACUGAAAGUGAGAACCACAAACUCAGGGAGGAGGUCAGUUCUAUUCACAUGGGACAGACUCGCUGGAUGUUGGAUCUGUUGCUCAUCACAGUACCCGAGCAUAGUGAAGACCACAACCACGAACAGGAACACCACUACUUUAAAAACAUCUCACCACAGACACUGGAUGAGGAUGCCAAGAUGCUGACUGAGAAACUUAAAUUUUUUUCCAUAUACAUCAGCAGCUGUUGCAAACUGAUUCUGGAGGAGCAGAUUCUGCAGAACCCACAUGAAGUCAAGAGUGAAGAUGAGCUGAAUGAGUGCAGAAAGCUGCAGAGAGAGUGCACUGAUUGGGUGGAGACCAGUAUAAUCCUGCUCUCAGGAGUAAAAUGUGGUCCUCUAGAGCUGCAAGACCGACAGGCUGACCCCGCCUCCAGCAUUGAUGUCCCAGUCUCUCCAGCAGACAGCAUGGAGACUCUGGUGAACAAAGAGGUUUCAGCAGAGCCUGAAGCACACAGUGAUGUCAAAGAUGAGAUUGAGGCAGAACCGAGAAUGGGAACUGCUGAAGGACUUGUUACACAAAAAGAGGUUUAUCAGGGGGAGCUAACGGUUCUUGAGACCCCAGUGGUGAAGCUGAUAAGCUAUGAUGGAAACAUUACACAAACAAAGCUGGGAGAGAGCACUGUCCACCUGAGCGGGACUGAGGAGCUGGUUGUGUCUCCGGUGACAGAUAAAGCUCAGAAAGCUUUUAGUGAUCUGACCACAGUAGGAUUACUGCAGCAGGAACUGCAUGAUUCAGAGCUGCGUGUCCAGAGUGCCGAGCAGCGAGCCCUCGAGGCCGAAGAAGCCCUGCAAGCAGCGUUGGAGAAGAUUCAGGACCUGGAGGGACAACUGCAGAGUCCGCCCAGUCUGGAGCCCAAAAGUAAUGAAGAGAGAAAGAAAACGCCACCACUCUCCCCACUACCAGUAACAAAUCCAGCUCCUCCAAAGAAAAAUGCAGCUGAAGUCAAACCAACAACCAGCACCAAAAAGACCAAGAAACGGUGAUCUGACAUGUGAUCAGGAGGUGUCACAACUUUAUAUGUAUGUAUGGAACGCUCCAUUAAAUGUUGGGUAAACUAUUUUUUAAAUCUAUUUUUGUGUUUUAUGUUUCAUGUAUUUUCUGUGUUGUAACAAGGCUCAUCGCCUGCAAUCCAUCACAGUCCACAUCCAUAAAACCAGUAAAGGAAACCCACCUAAGGUAUUAGGAAGGAAGUAGCAAACAAUACAGAAUGAUAU